AUGGCAGUGGCAAUGUGCGGUGGAGCCCAUUUGGCCAACCUCAAGGCCUAUUCAGCCAAGUUUUUGGGUUUUUUGACUCAGAAGGUGGAUCCAGAGAGCAUGCUGCGGUGUGCAUCCAUUACAGAAGCGCAGUCGGCCGACCGCCAAAUCUGGGCUGCAAUUGCAGAUUUGAUGUCCGAGCGUGGAUGGGAUAUGGACAACUGCUUACAUGAGUUCACCCACAUUCGUCAUGAUUUGCCAGGACUUUUGCAAUUGCGGCCACGUCCAUUGAAGAUCACCUCUGCCCCAUCGCAGCCCAGACCUUCAGUCUCAGAGGCCUCAAUUAGCGCCUUGGACGUGACGGUUGCUCCAGACACCCCUCCUAAGGAGGAGGCGAUGGUCGAAAUGACCCCUGGAGACCCAAAGCACUGCGUACACCCGAAUUUUUGGAUGGUGUCCCGGGCCUUAGCAGUGCAGAGCUUUUGCAGGUUCGGCCCCAUCAACCAAUGUGUUUGGAAAUUCUACGAUGUCUCAAUCAAUUAA